GUGUAACAUAGCUCUUUAACGAAGACGCACUUAGCUCUUGAAAAAGACAGCUGGUGUUGUUUAAAGAAGUUUGACUUCACACACUAUCUGAAUGGCCUUCCCUGUCGAUAUCUUGAAUAAUUGCAGUCAUGAGGAACUGGAAAGCUUAUCAGAAGAUUAUUUAUCUGACCUGCGGUGCAUGGACAUUAGAGAGACAGAGUUCUUUACUUUGUGGGAUCGAAGUAAGGUUCCAAUCAGCCUAACUACUGUGGGAUUUGUGCCGCUCUAUGGAGGGGAUCAGACACACAAAGUCCUUGCUCUGUUUGAUCCUGAAGACACACUGACAGCUGUGGCUCUGUACCUUGCUGAUCAGUGGUGGGCUGUAGAAGAUAUUGUGAAGACCUCCAAUACUACAAGAGAAGGUAUUUGGCAGGUGAAGUCUCUUGGAGAAAGAGUGGUCCUCUAUGUUCUUAAUCGAAUCAUAUAUCGAAAGCAAGAGAUGGAAUCAAAUGAAGUUCCUUUCCUCUGCCACAGAAGCUCAGAUUAUGCAAAGAUCUUGUGGAGGAAUGGGCAGGCCAUUGGAUUUUAUUCGGUCAAACCUUCAGGAAGCUCAUGCACUGCCUACCUGUCACAAUGCUACCGCCUUCCUGUUAUGGACACCAUGUUUGUCAGAAAGAAACAUCAAGGUAAAGAGUUUGAGCUGCAGAUGCUGGAGGACUUUGUGGACUCAUUCACAGAAGAAGCACUUGGUUUACGGUAUCCAUUAUCAUCAUCAAUGUACAGAGCCGGCAAGCAAUAUUUAGAGAAGUACCCUGGAGAUCAGGAACUUCUCUGGGAAGUUGAAGGAGUUGGUGACUGGUUUCAGAGAAUUCUCAUUUCAAGUAUAUUCCAGAAGGAAGCUAGGAGGUUAUCAGCAAGUAAAGAAGGUGCCAGAAGUAGCACUACGAAAAUACAAUCAGACACAAGCAUAGAGCUACCUCCACCGGCACCUAAAGCAUCCACAGAACAGAGCCCAGAGAAACAGAGCCAAUCUGAUGAGCCUUUAUCAGUGGAGGUCCAGGAUGUUCAGGGUGAAGCAGUUGCAGAUAAAAGUGUCAAAAGUCCCGGCACCUCUAAAGAGCAUGACAUUCCACCUGUUUCCACACGCACGAGAAGCAGUCACUUGAAACGGCCAAAGAUUGGAAAGAAACACCUGGAAACUGAACAAGUAGAAGAGGGCAGCAACAUAGCUCUGAGUGAAUCUAAAAUAAUGGAAUCUAAAGAACAGAUUGUGGAAAACUUUAAGGAGCUGAUUCAACAACUAGCAGAAGAAAAAGAAGAGGUGUCCAUGAUACAACUUCAAGAGGGAAUUCCUACAAAACCAGGAGAACAUGUGUCAGAAGAAAAUUCAGAUGUCAUCAAAAUAGCAGAGGAGGAUGUAGAGCAAAGACAGGUUACAGAAGUGGAGCCAGUAAAUGGUGACAUAGCUGAUGACCUCUUACAGCCAAUGGUUCAUGCAGAAAAAAUCACAGAAGAAGUUUUGGAUGCAGAAUCCAAUUUAGAACCUGGAGAUACUGAUGAGAAAUCACUUACCACACUUGUUUCAGUUAAUAUGGACCUGGAAAAAUCAUUUGAAGACUCAUUUGCUGAGCCGAGCUUAAACUCGGAUGAUGUAGAAAUGUCUUCACGGAAUGAUAUAGCAACUGAAGAAGAAAAUACAAUGACAGAGCAAGGCACUACAUUCAAAGAGAGAAUAGAUGACAACAGAACAGAAACAUCUAUAUCAGCUUUGAGCGUUGAUUUUACAGAUAAUGGACCACCUAGUUAUGAAAAAGAUAACCCCACAGAAAAUCCUGCUGGUGAUACUGUUUCACUGGAGUCUUGCAACCUUUCUAAGUCACAAAUUAACAUCAUGUCUGAUAAAAUAGCUAAACCCUCUGUUCUUUGUCAAGGUCCCUUACUUGUGGUUGAACUUGAGGACUUGGCAUUCCAACAGAAUUCUGAAGGACAAAAGGGUCAAUCUGCAGAUCAGUCAGAGGAGUCUGCUGUGGAGACAGAUCAGUCAGCUCAGAAAUCUGUAGGUAAAGGGGAAGAAAGCAGCUCUGAAGAUGCAGAACCAGAUGUGCCAGUAAGAGAGAGGAGGGGUUUGCGCAGGAAGCCAAGAGGAUAUAGAGGGCCUGCCAAGAAAAGGGGGAAAUUAUCAUUUUAGAUUAGGAUCAACAUAAAACAUCUUAAUUGUUUAAGAUUUGAAAAACUAAAUAAUUUUAGAUUUUUUUUUAAAUUCUAUAAAGUUGAGGGAUAUAGUUUACAAGCAUUUAUAAUUGAACAAUUUUAGAAAAAAUCUGGUUGGUGUUAUUUACCUGUGUUUUAAAUGUUUCUGUACAAGAUUACUUCCUCAAGUUGUAUUAUUUUACACUACAGACAGCACUGGCAUUUAUUUGAAGUGAGCUGUUACUCUCAUUUAUAGCGGUAAAGCUUUGAAAGAAAGUUUGUACACUGAACUAAAAGUAGUAUUUGGAAUGUUCAUCAGUGCAAUUUUAAUAUAAUUACAAUCUUUUUUGCUAUAUACUUUUGUUCCUUCUGUUAAAAAUGAUUAUUACUUGAUGACUUUUAACAUGCACAUAACCACUGCUGAUAUUGAUGUUGGUUACGUGCAUUUGUUUUUCUUGCGCAUGGUUGAAAUGCUAGUGACAUCAUAGCACUUGCCACUAGGGGCAGCAAAUUAUGUUUAUGUUAAAAGUCCAGCAGUGAUAAGUUACAGAAUAAUUUUUGCAAACUUUUCAAUAACUUUUCAAUAUUAAUGUGCAUUUUAAUUACUACAUAUGUGUCUCUUUAAAGAGCUUAAACAAUCAUUUCGGAAAAUAUUACUUAUGGUGCAAAUGCCAAAUGUAAUGGGCUAAGAAAGAAAGUAGCAUUAUACCGUAAUAGUGAUUAUAUUAACAAAGUGUGUGUAUGUAUGUGUAUAUAUAUAUAUAUAUGUUAUGAGUAAAGUCAGAUAUCCGGGUAAAAUGGACAUUACCCAAGUUGGCUGCGGUUAAACCUGAUGUACUGUAAUUUCCUCAUCUACACUAUUUUUUCUUUCCAUAAGGCAGGGAGAGUCCACAACUUCAUUACUUACUCUUGGGAAAUACAACACCUGGCCACCAGAAGGAGGCAAAAACACCCCAGCCAAAAGCUUAAAUAUCCCUCCCACUUACCCCAUCCCCCCAGUCAUUCUUUGCCUUUCGUCACUAGAUUAGGAUGGCAGAGACGUGUCAGAAGAUUCCGAUAGUCCUUAAAUGAGUAUGUUCCCUUCAAGAAAGGACUGGAGUUUUAAGUAAUCAUAUAAACCUCUCAUUGAGAGUACUGAUGAACGUUAGAGUCUGAGGACCCUGUCAGAACAUCGCGGCAAGACUGUCACACUCGAGAGGCUGUAUCUGUUCCACAGCAUAGAUCCUGGAGGAUAAGUCCACUUUAUGUUACUAUUUAGCAGGGACUCUGAUUAUUAGUGUCACAGUGUGACUCCUCAUAACCUCAAUAGGAUCAAGGGUUAAUAUCUCCUUUAAUUCAAAGAUUAAUUUGGAACAGUUUGGGGAUAUAUAUAUGUACUGCUUUGUUCUCUAGGAACACAUUGUGAAGCUUUGGGCUCAAAUAGACUGUGUACUUUUGGCAAUGGAACAGACAGGUUUCACUUUCAUUUUUGUGAGUUGCGCAGCUUCUAAUAGCUUUGCGCGCUUUUUCUCAUAGCAGGGGAGGUCCCUUCUUGCGCACCACAUAAUCGGGUGCGGCUCAUCCGUUUUCCUUGUGAUCCUACUGCAGAAACUCUGGCAAUCCUACGGAGAGCAUUCUCUAACUUUCUGUUGUUUAAAUCUGUUUUCUUACUGUGGGAUCGCAUCUCCAGCAAUGGAGGACUCUGAUAAUAUGUUAGAAGGUUAUGCACCUUCUAUUCUAAAUAAUAAUACCUGUUUAUACUGUGAGGAGGCGGUGGUUUGUCCACCUGCUCAAUUUUGUUUUAAUUGCCUGGGUACCAUUCUAAAGUCUAAGAAGGGAGCUAAAUCUGGUAACCCCCUAGCAUAAGUAGUCCCUCCGAGCUGUCAACUUCUCAGGAUUCUGUGGUCCGAGAGAUGCCUACCCUAUCCCCUCAAACCGCUUCACAUGUAGUUCCCCGCGGCACGCCUAAUACUCCGGCUGGAGGGGGCUUUUCCCUGCAGACUUUACUAUGCAGUUACAAUCUGCUGUGUCUGCGGCCCUGAGUGACUUACCUAUCUCUGGUAAAUGAAAUAGAAAGAUUCUACUGAAGGAUGCAUACCUGCAUGUUCUGAUCCACAAGGAUCAUUUUUAGUUCCUAAGGUUUACUUUUUUGGAUCAGCACUUCCAAUUCAUAGCACUUCCGUUUGGCUUAGCUACUGCACCCAGUAUAUUAACAAAGGUCCUGGGUGCUCUUAUGGCUGUAGCCAGAUCCCAAGGAAUUGCGGUAGCACCGUACCUGUACGUUAUAUUGGUACAGGCACCAUCUUUUCGUCUAGCAAUGGAUCACUCGGAAUUUCUUCUGAGUUUUCUUCGGUCUCUUGGAUGGAAGAUAAACUUGGAAAAUAGUUCUUACUCCAAAUACCUGGGUGAAUUUCCUGGGUAGGGUCAUAGACUCGAUAUCCAUAAGGAUCUUUCUAACAGAUCAGAGACGUUGCAAGCUGACAUCAGCGUGCCUUGCCCUCCAGACUACCUCAAGAUCUUCGGUGACCCAAUGCAUGGAGGUGAUUGGACUCAUGGUAUCUUGUAUGGACAUUAUUCCUUUUGCCAGAUUCCGUCCCAUACCUUUACAUCUAUGCAUGCUGAAACAAUAGAACAGCGAUCAUUCGGACCUGUCCCAACAGAUCGUAUUGGACAGCCUGUCGAGAGAUUCGCUCUCUUGGUGGCUUUGUCAAGAUCACCUGUCUUGAGGCACGUGCUUCUUGAGACCGUCCUGGGAGAUUGUGAAUACGGAUGCCAGCCUUUCAGGCUGGGGAGCAGCCUGAGGUGCCAGGAAAGCACAAGGUUUGUGGACCCAGGAGAAGUCCACUCUUCCAAUCAAUAUUUUGGAACCGCGGGCAAUCUUCAAUGUGCUAAAGUCUUUACCCCAGCUGAGUGGGUCCCAGUUUAUCAGAUUCCAAUCAGAUAAUAUAACUACAGUUGCCUACAUCAACCAUCAAGGAGGAUAGAGGAGUUCCUUAGCGAUGAGGGAGAUGUCCUAAAUCUUAAAAUGGGCAGAAGCCCACAAUUUUAUGCUGUCAGCGAUCCACAUUCCGGGUGUGGACAACUGGGAAGCAGACUUCUUUUGCAGACAAUCCUUUCACCCGGGGGAAUAGUCCCUCCACCCGAGGUGUUUGCAGAGAUUUGCAGCAGAUGGGGGAUCCCGAAGAUAGAUCUCAUGGCCUCUCGUCCCAAUGCCAAGCUACCCAGUUACAGGUUGAGAUUGAGGGAUCCUCAAGCAGAGUUGAUAGAUGCUCUAGCGGUUCCAUGGAGGUUAAGACUCAUAUAUCUCUUUCCUCCAUUGCCUCUUCUCCCUCGUGUGGUGGCCCGCAUCAAACAGGAGCAAGCAUUAGUAAUUCUAAUUGCUCCAUCCUGGCCGCAAAGGACCUGGUUCACGGAUCUGGUGAGAAUGUCCUCUUCUCCUCCGUGGAGGUUACCUUGUCGCAGGGACCUGCUGAUACAGGGUCCCUUCCUACAUCAAAAUCUAGAUUCUCUGAGGCUGACUGCGUGGAGAUUGAAUGCUUAGUCCUAGCCAGGAGAGGAUUCUCCGAGAGUUUUCAUAGACACUUUGAUUCAAGCUUGUAAGCUGGUUACUCGGCGCAUCUACCAUAAGGCAUGGCGAACUUAACUGCACUGGUGUGAGGAAAGUUUUCUUGGCAUAAGGUAAAGGUUGCCAGUAUUUUAUCCUUUCUCCAGGAUGGUUUGGAGAAGGGUCUAUCUGCCAGUUCUCUGAAGGGACAGAUAUCAGCCCUGUCGGUGUUGCUGCACAAGAGAAUAGCUGAGCUUCCGGAUGUGCAGUCCUUUGUUAAGACUCUGACUAGGAUCAGACCUGUGUUUAGACUUGUGGCUCCGCUUUGGAGUCUCAAUAUUGUUUUGCGUGUUUUGCAGCAGGCUCCAUUUGAGCCCAUGCAUGUUGUUGACAUUAAACUGUUAUCUUGGAAGGUUUUGUUUCUGUUAGCCAUUGCCUCUGCUCGCAGAGUUUCUGAGAUUUCGGCUUUACAGUGUGACCCACCUUACCUUGUUUUCCAUGCUGAUAAGCUGGUUUUACGUACUAGGUUAGGUUUCCUUCGUAAGGUGGUUAUUUAAGCCUUUGGCUGUGGUGUCUUAGCCUCCUCCUGAUGGCCAGGUGUUGUAUUUUUCAACAGUAAGGAAUGAAGUUGUAAACUCUCCUUGCCAGGAAAGAAAGGAAAUUAUCUGGUAAGCAUACAUUUUAUUUUUUGCCUUCGCUAUUGAGGUUGAAGGAGGGCGCCCUUCCGAUCCUCUGGCAACCACCCCAAGUGAACCUUGGGGAAUGAGGUUAACAAGGUUUACUGAGGGAGAGAAGCCUCUCCCUUGAAACGCCCAGACAGAGACAAAAAAGAUAGUGAAGAUGGGGGAAUUACAGUGCAUCAUAUAUAUGUUUGAUGCAGUGAUUUGCUGAAGCGCAUGCACUCGGAGGGGAUUUAUGAUCUUAUAUCGGGCUUUACCCUCAGCCGCUUGGGUAAAGUUUGUUCUACCCAGGUAAUCCUAGGAUUACUAAAAAAAAAAAUUCUUGUACUACCUAAUCCUAGGAUUACCCAAUAUCUGACUUUAACUGUAACAUAUAUAUAUAUAUAUAUAUAUGUGUGUGUGUGUGUGUGUGUGUAAUGUCCAUUAUAUGCCCUAAAUGAGUAUAAUAACUAUUACUGUCCACUAAGAAUCGUUUAAGUACCUGCUUAACAGUUGUAACUGCACUUAUUGACUUGUGAUCACUCUUCAGACGUGAUUUGUAAAAGGUAACAUUACAUGUCAUUACGGGCUAGCAAGCCCUUAUGUAGAACGAAUGGAGAUAUCUACUCUUUUUGUUUUAAAGAGCUUUCAAAAUGGUAUUCAUUUUUGUAUGCUACACUUACAUUUUUUUUAAAUGUUUUACCUGGAAAAAAUAAAUCUGGUAGACAAGAAAAUAAAUCUGGAAACAAAGAAAGUUUUUAUUAUAUUUUUUUUUUUUAUUUGUGGGAGAAAAAGGAGAGGCAGAUAUUAAUAACUUCAUGAGCACCAAUAUUUCAUAUUUAGACAAGUAAAUACAGGUACAUACUGCCCUUUGUUUUCUCCUAUUGUUUAACGUUCUAUAUAUAUUUGCUUAUCACUCAGAAUAUGCAACAUUCACGUACUGUGUGACAUUUCAGUGUUAAAAAUGACUUAUUUGAUUUAACAACAGUUAGAAAUAGUAAGUAAACCACAGCAGUUGCCAAAGUAGAAAAUGUAAAUUGUAAUUUGGAUUUAGCAAGAUUUGUACAAAUUAUUGGUUUGUAAUUUAUUUUUAAGAUUUAAUGCUCAAUAAAGGUAGGUUUCAUAUUUUCACCAGAGCACAACUACUUUACUUUUGCAAAAUAUUAAAGUGCAUGUGAUCUGAGAUAAGCAGCUGCAUUUUGGAUGGAAUUGGACACUAUACUAUUAAAGGGGUAGUAUUCAAAUUCAAAGCUUUCCAAUUUCUUUUAUGAUCUAAUUUGCUUCAUUUCCUUGGUAUACUUUAUUAAACAGCAUGCCUAAGUAGGCUCAGGAGCAGCAAUGCACUACUGGGAGCUAGUUGCUGAUUGGUGCCUCUUAUAAUUGGCUCACCAGAUGUGUUCAGCUAGCUCCUAGUAGUGCAUUGCUGCUCAACAAAGGAUACCAUGAGAAUAAAGCAAAUUUGAUAAUGGAAUAACAUUAGAAAGUUGUUUAAAGUUAUAUGCUCAGGGUUCUUAAAACAUUUUUUCCCAAGACCCAGUUAAAUGAUAUUACAUAAUUGUUAUACUUGGUCUAAAAAUUUCUGAAGUAAGAUACAACAGGAUAGCUGCGAUUUUUGGCAAAGUGACUAAAAUGUAUGUGUACUUUAUUCCUAAUUGUAGUCAAACUUGAAAAUAUUGUAAAAGUUAAUAAUACAAACACUCUCAUACAACACACACAGCACACACAAUCAUACAACACAUACACCACACUCAUAUAACACACACAAACUCAUACCACACACGCUCCAUACACACUCUCCUACAGCACACACUCUCCUACAACACACACCACACACACUCUCCUACAACACACACCACACAUACUCUCCUACAACACACACACUCUCCAACAACACACACACACACAUCACACACACUCCUACAACACAGAGACACCACACACACUCUCCUACAACACACACCACACACACUCCCCUAAAACACACACCACACACACUCUCCUAAAACACAAACCACACACACUCUCCUACACCACACACACUCUCCAACAACACACACACCAAACACACUCUCCCACACUCUCCUAAAACACACACUCUCCUAAUACACACACCACACACACUAUCCUACAACACACACCAAAAACACUCUCCUACAACACACACACACCAAACACAUUCUCCUACAACACACACACCACACAUACUAUCCUACAACACACCUACAAGUCGGGACCAAGUAAACAUGGUGUUGCGACCCAGUAAUGAGCCCCGACCCAUGGUUUAAAGAACCCUGCUCUAUUUGAAUCAUGUAAGAGAUAGUUUGGGUUUCAUGUCACUUAUCAUUUCUCAGUUAUUGAACAGGAACGGUUCUAUGUCUCUCAUCCAUUGCUGUUUUUCUCACUUUGUCAAUAGUCACUUGAUUAUAUUUAUUCAAACAAACACUUUUUUUUCUAUAAAACUAGUUUGUUGGUGCUUUUUGCUUACAUAGAUAUGAUUAAAGAACAACAUAGUACCCACAUACCAGAAAAUUUUAUUUAUGAUAACAUAAUUUAACCCUAAUACUUUUAAUUUGUUUUGUGUUUUAGAAUUUAAAUACAGUAGUGUUUAGGCCAUUGUGUGAAUUAAACACUCUAUUAUGUGGUUGAAUCAUUUUGAUUUUAAUAAAGACACAGAAACAAA